AUGAGAACGAGUUUCGAGCGUGACGGUGAGGUUCUCAAGGCUGCAGCUGCCAACGUCAGCUUUUUCACCCGAGAUGUCCUUAAGCAGAUUUCAACAUUGGUGACCGGAAACCAAUCACUCCAACACCUCACACUUUCUUUUGCAGGAUCCCUCCAUAAUCUCCGCUCACCGUACAUCGUAGAUCGUGACCAAAUCGCAAUGUUCCACAAACUACUGGCCAACAGUAAAAACAUUCAAAAGUUGGACAUGUUCUACUUGUACAAACCGGGUGAAUUCGAAAAGCUAUUCGUAGGUUAUCUCUUGAAAAAUAAGAAUCUCCAAGAGAUUAGAUUCAACAACAUCUACAACACAACCAAUGAAAUAAGAUCAAACUUUAACAUUGAAUAUGAAGGACCUGGAAAUACAUUUAUGAAAUUAACAAGAAAAAAUAACAAUAACAAUAUUAACAACAAUAACGACAAUAUUAGCUGUACAUCGAUUUUAUCUAUAGAACAAUUAUCAUUGAAUUCAACACCAUUAUUAUCAUCAUCGAAUUCAAAAUCAACACCAACUACUCCAACAUCAUCUUAUUUCGAUGGAAUUAAUUUAAAUAAAUUAAAAAAUUCAAUUUAA